AACAGUACAGUAUUUUAUUAGUCUCUAAAACUCAGUAUCCAAUACCACUUUGUUUCACUAGAUGUCGGUAUUUUUAGUUUACAUUUUGCCCUAAAUACUUGCAUAACACCAUGCUACAUGCUGUUGCUAAUAACAGUACAUGUACUGAUAUCUGACAGCUAAGUGCAGGCUAGUCUUAUGCUAUGUUGAAACUGAUUAAUGGCUGUGGUAUGAUUUUAAACUGACCCCUCCCCUGAUCAUUGAUAAACAGGGUUCAGAGUUUUAAAACUCAGGAAACCGUUCACUGACUUCAUUUCUACCGACUACCAAUAAUUUAGCUCACCAAGAUGCAUUUGCGAAUUCUGGUGAUCUUUUCAUUCAUUCGUCUCUUCUCAUCUGGGGACACGCUCCUGACACCUUGUGACAGUCAGAUCUACUGCACUGGAGAAGUCCUGAGACAGGUCCAGAUGGCGAAACUGUUUGAUGAUGACAAGUACUUUGUAGAUAUGAAGUUGACUAUAGCUCCUGAGGUCGUUGUGGAGGCUUUUGCCAAUCUGAGCUCAGGGUUCCCAAACAAGACCGUCCCAUCCUCAGAGCUACUGAGGUUCCUGCGAACAUACUUUGAAGAGCCGGGUAAGGAGUUUGAGCAGUGGACUCCUCCAGACUGGCAUUCAAAACCAAAAUUCUUGUCCAGGGUGUCUGACUCAAAAUAUCGCAGUUGGUCUGAAGAACUGCAUAGUUUAUGGAAGUCCCUUGGCCGAAAGAUCCGUGAUGAUGUCAGAGACCACCCAGAGCUGUACUCGCAGAUGUACACCCCACACCCAGUCGUUGUGCCUGGUGGCCGCUUUAGGGAACUCUAUUACUGGGACUCAUAUUGGGUAAUAAAUGGUCUCCUUUUGUCAGAGAUGACAGAGACAGCUCGAGGAAUGAUUCUGAACUUUGUGUACCUGUUGGAAAGAUACGGCCUUGUCCCAAACGGUGGUCGGGUGUAUUACGAGCGGCGUAGUCAGCCUCCCUUCCUUCCGCUAAUGGUGGAGAGCUUCUAUGAGGUCACCGGAGACAAAGAAUUCCUCAGGCAGGUUUUGCCAGCACUGGAAACAGAGUACAGCUUUUGGAUGCAGAAUCGCUCCCUUGCUGUGGUGAAGAGUGGACUGACUCACAUCCUGAAUCGAUAUAGUGUACCGGUGGACAGGCCGAGACCCGAGUCGUACAGUGAUGAUGUAGAACUGGCUGAGGGCCUGUCAGUAGAGGCUCAGAAGAAACUUUGGAUAGAACUGACAUCUGGUGCAGAGUCAGGCUGGGAUUUCUCUUCUCGCUGGUAUAUAGACAGCACAGGCAGAAACAACGGCACCCUGAGCGACACACAGACAAGCUCUAUCCUGCCUACUGACCUCAAUGCCAUUAUGUGCCGCAAUGAGCGUUUGCUGUCCUCCUUCCACAGGAUUCUGGGUAAUGAAGAGAAGGCAGUGGAAUAUGAGAAGGCACUUUCUGCUAGAAUUAAAGCGGUUGAAAGUCUACUGUGGGAUGCAGAAAGAGGAGCCUGGUUUGAUUUCAGCCUGGUGAACGAGACCCGGCACCUGUCCUUCUACCCAUCUAACCUGGCGCCUCUCUGGGCACAAUGUUACUCUAAGCCAGAAAUGGCCAAUCAGGCUGUGCAGUACUUGACGGGUAGUGGAGGUCUGGACUAUCCUAAUGGGAUUCCCACCUCUCUUAGUGAAAGCGGGCAGCAGUGGGACAUGCCCAACGCCUGGCCUCCUCUUCAGCACAUGAUUAUAGAGGGUCUCUCCAGGCUCGAUUCAGCCCACGCUAAAGAGCUCGCCUUCAGUUUGGCCCAAAGGUGGAUUCAGACCAACUGGAGGGCGUACAUCAAAUAUGAGGCCAUGUUUGAGAAGUACGAUGUCAACGGUGAUGGAAAGCCCGGAGGAGGUGGCGAGUAUGAAGUUCAGUUGGGAUUCGGAUGGACCAAUGGGGCUGCCCUGCAGCUGCUUAACCAGUACGGUGAUAGGCUGAGCUCUGGAGGGAGUGUCCUGAGUGCCAGCGUUCUGAUUGGACUCGUCUAUCCCAUCCUAAAAUCUCUGUUCUGAUCCUGAUCCGUGAUGUCUGGAGGCUGAAGCAGUGGAAAAAUUAGAAAAUCCCACAUCUUCAUUCAACAACUGAAGCUGAAAUGAUUCAAUCAAAGUCUUUCUGUCUGGCUUGCUUGCUUUUUUUUGGUGGAAGUAAGAGGGAACACAAAAAAGUAGUACAGUGACAUUUUACAAUAAGGUUCAAUUUGUUAACAUUAGUUAAAAUGAACUAAUGCUGAAAAUAUAUUCAAAAGUAUUUACUAAUCUAAUUAACUUAAAAUGUUAAGUUAAUACAGUUAACAAAAGUGAAUAAACACUGUAACAAAUUAAUUUGUCUUUGUUCAUUUUAGUUAAUGCAUUAACUAAUGGGACCUUUUUAAAAAAUUUUUACACACAACAUAUCCAUUUGAAGAAAAAAAAAACAGACAUAUAAUCAAUACUUUAAAGAGUCCAGUCAAAAGGGGGAGGGAGAGGGAGGGAAAGAAGAAAAAAAAAAAAGUAAUUCCUUUAUAUAAUAAAGUAUGUUAAAAGAAAAACACUGCCAAGCAUCAAUAGUAGAGGGCUUGGCCCCAUUAAUUUGCGCUGUUGUACAUUCACAAGUCACUAUUUUCAGGAGGCUAUGGAUCCAAUAUGUUUUUCCACACAUGUGUAAACCACUUCUUGUUAUUGUCGUCUUUGCAGCUGUAAAACCAGCAAACAACAUUCUCUUUUGUAUUAAGCUUAUACAGAGACCAGAAUCAUCAUUAAAACAACACAAACUUGGUUUAGCAAAGCAAUUAAUUUGUAGUAAGGAGGAUAAAACCAGGUUUACAUGUGUCCAUAGAUUAAUGACGAUAGAACAAGAAAAGUACCUGAUGAUGCAGUAUUACAUAUGUGGCAGUUAAAAUUUGGUUGUAGUUUCAUUUUGAAUCUUUUGUAAGGGGUUAUGUAUGCUCUAUGAAUGACUUUGAAGUGAAUAAGACAAUGGGCCAAGUUUUUAGAUGUUAAGCUGAGGUUAGACCAGAUAAAGUCGACAGAUAAAUUAAGGUCAGAUAAUUCAACUAAUGGGACCUUAUUGUACAUUUUUACCAAUAGUAUUUUUUAUAAUUUGCUUUACACUCACCUGAAGACUGCAUAUUUUAAUGAGAUAUACCCAGAAGUAACAACGGUAAAAUAAUAACUCAGUCUGCAAGGCUGUGAUAUGAACAUGUAGCUGAUAUAAUCCAAUGGAAAAAUAUAGACCAUGUUAGAUUUUUUUCAGGUUCAUUGUCUUAGGUAGUAAUUAAUGUCUCUGCAGUGGCAGGAUCAGAAGAUUAUCAUCAUGACUAAAACUGAGCUGACAUUACAAAUGGUAAUUUGCUCUAAUCCAAUUAGAAGGCUUAUUGCUGAUCGGAACUUUGCACAUGCUGUGUAUGUGGAGUAUGAUCAUUAAAAGUGUUUCUGUUUGACUCGCAGCCUGUGUGUGUGU